UAGCUACUGUUGCCCACAACAAAAAGACGAAGAGUCACAUCUACAACUUUUUGACUUAAACCUCAAAAUACCCUUUUGUUAAUCUUCCUUUUUUUUUGAACUCCACUCACUUCUUCCUUCAAAAUGGCUGCCCGUACAUUUUCCAGAGUCGCUAGACCAGUUGCACGUCAAUUGACUGCCCCAGCACGCAGAACCUUUGUCUCUGCUAUCAAUGCCUCAGCCAGACCUUCUGCUGCCCGUGCUGUUGUUGGAGCUUCCCAACAAGUCAGAGGUGUAAAGACCAUUGACUUUGCUGGCACAAAGGAGAAGGUUUACGAGAGAGCCGACUGGCCAGUUGAGAGACUCCAGGAAUACUUCAAGAAUGACACAAUGGCCAUUAUUGGUUACGGUUCCCAAGGACAUGCUCAAUCUUUGAACAUGCGUGAUAACGGUCUUAACGUCGUAGUCGGUGUACGAAAGAACGGUCAAUCAUGGAAGGAUGCUCAACAAGAUGGUUGGGUUCCAGGAAAGAACCUCUUCGAGGUUGAUGAGGCUAUCUCCAAGGGUACCAUCAUCAUGAACUUGCUUUCUGAUGCUGCUCAAAGUGAAACUUGGCCAGCACUUAAGCCCCAGAUCACCAAGGGAAAGACUCUCUACUUCUCCCACGGUUUCUCCCCAGUCUUCAAGGACCAAACCAAGGUCGAUGUCCCAACUGACGUUGAUGUCAUCCUCGUUGCACCAAAGGGAUCUGGACGCACCGUCCGAACUCUCUUCCGUGAGGGUCGUGGUAUCAACUCUUCCAUCGCCGUUUUCCAAGAUGUUACGGGUAAGGCACAAGAGAAGGCUAUCGCUCUCGGUGUCGGUGUUGGAUCUGGAUACCUUUACGAGACCACCUUCGAGAAGGAGGUCUACUCCGACUUGUAUGGUGAGCGUGGUUGCUUGAUGGGUGGUAUUCACGGUAUGUUCCUCGCACAAUACGAGGUUCUCCGUGAGCAAGGUCACAGCCCAAGUGAAGCUUUCAAUGAGACUGUUGAGGAGGCUACUCAAUCUUUGUACCCAUUGAUUGGUGCCAACGGUAUGGACUGGAUGUACGAGGCUUGCUCUACCACUGCUCGUCGUGGUGCUAUCGAUUGGUCCGGAAAGUUCAAGGAUGCUUUGAAGCCAGUCUUCAACGACUUGUAUGACUCCGUCAAGACCGGAAAAGAGACUCAAAGAUCCCUUGAGUUCAACUCCCAAAAGGAUUACCGUGAGAAGUAUGAGGCUGAGAUGAAGGAGAUCCGUGAUUUGGAGAUCUGGAGAGCUGGAAAGGCUGUUCGUUCCCUCCGUCCUGAAAACAACUAAAUGGAUAGUUAAUGGGGCCGUGGGGCUGGAGUUGCAUAUUUGAAAUUGGGCCAAUUGUAUCAUACUCUCAUGACUUUCCGUUUUUUUUAUCAACGGUAUCUGGAAUUAAAAGUUUAAGCCAUUGAAUUCAUAAAAAUUAUAUUUCCAAUUGUUUAAUAAUUGACUAUACUUGUGCACUUGUUCAUACUUCCCUGUUCAGC